CUCUGUCUUCCCCACGACGACGAAUGUCACUUUCAGAACAGCAAGUGGCGCAGGAAGCUGCGGCUGUCGAUCUCGAGCUCGAAGAGACAGACUCUGGAUCCGAUGACGACGAUCUUAUCCCCAAUCCCAACCACAACACAACCAUCUCCGACCUCCCUAUUCUGCGCCUAAUUUCCUAUGGGCACAGUCGCGGGCCUAUCGUUCCAACUCCUGCAGUUGUCUUUGACAUCCGAACUCUUCCUAACCCUCCCAAACACGUCCGAUCUUCUCAGACUGGCCUUAACAAACCGCUCAGGGACUGGUUCUUUGCUGAUAGCGAUGUUCAGAAGCGCUUUGAUGACGCGUGUGGCGUGAUCGAGGAGAAAUUGAAGCAAGUUGAUACUGAGGAGGACGAUGAGGUCGUGGUUGGAGUCUGUUGUCAGCUUGGCAAGCAUCGCAGCGUUGCAUUCGUUGAAGAGCUCGGAAAGAGGAAAUGGGAGGGUUGGCAGGCGGUAGUCGAGCAUCGGGAUGUUCAUAUCAAGCGCUCUGGUUCUGAGAGGAAUAGGCGGGGACAAGUGGCGCCUGGGGAUGAUGAUUGA